CCUCCGCGCUCCCUGCACUGCUCCUCGCCGGCGGGACGCGCUCUAGCGGGGCUGGCGGCUUUCUCCGAGAGUCCCCAGCGGCCGCCGUGGCCGGAGCAGCGGCAGCGGGCGCAGCGCCCCGGGUCUGCGGGCCGAGCGCGCCGGCCGGGGUCGAGCGCGCGUCCCCUCCCCGCCCCCACCGCGCGUUGUGGCGCAGCAGGAAUUUGGCGGGGACCCGGGCGCUAUUUGCGGCUCUUGACGCGCCGGCGGCCGGUGGCCCUUCGAUCAUUUCUAUUCUAGGGGCACUGGGUCAUCGCGCCCGGCCGGCCCCCUCCGCCGGGCCCGGAGGGUGUGUCCCCCUCAGCCGGGCUCGCCGCGCCUAUAAGGGGCCCGAGCGGCGGGCAGGGACAUGCAGCUCUACAGCAGCGUCUGCACCCACUACCCAGCCGGGGGACCGGGUCCCACGGCCGCAGCCCCCGCUCCCCCCGCCGCCGCCGCAGCCACCGCCCCCUUCAAGGUCUCUCUGCAGCCUCCGGGACCCGCCAGCGGCGAGCCAGAGCCCGAGACCGGUGAGUGCCAGCCUGCCGCGGCCGCCGAGCCCCGAGAAGCCGCCGCCGCCCCCGCCGCCAAGAUGCCCGCCUUCUCCUCCUGCUUCGAGAUGGUGUCCGGGGCCGCCGCCCCCGCCUCGGCCGCCGCCUGCCCUCCCGGCGGGUCCUGUAAGCCGCCGCUGCCGCCGCACUACACGUCCACGGCGCAGAUCACCGUGCGGGCCCUGGGCGCCGACCGGCUUCUGCUGCACGGGCCCGAGCCCGGCGCCGCGGCGCCCGCCGCCCAGCGCAGCCGCUGCCUCCUGCUGGCCCCGGCGCCCGGCGCCCCGGUCCCGCCGCGCCGGGGCUCCUCGGCCUGGCUCCUGGAGGAGCUGCUGAGGCCCGACUGCCCCGAGCCCGCGGGCCUGGACGCGGCCCGGGAGGGUCCCGACAGAAACUUCCGACUGAGCGAGCACCGCCAGGCCCUGGCCGCCGCCAAGCAUCGAGGCCCCGCGCCGCCCCCGGGGAGCCCGGAGCCCAGCCCUGGGCCGUGGGGCGAGGAGCACCCGGCGGAGAGGAGCCUCCGGGGCUGGGAGAGGGCGGGCGACCGCAGCGACCCUCCCGGCGCGGACGAGGCACGGCGGCCCGACCCGGAGGCGGAGGCGCCCCCGGCGCGGAGCGGCGACGCGGCCCCGAGCGGCGCGGCCGAGGCGGUGAUCGUCUCCAGGUCGGAUCCCAGAGACGAGAAACUGGCCCUGUACCUGGCGGAGGUGGAGAGGCAGGACAAGUACCUGCGACAGAGGAGUAAGUACCGAUUUCACAUCAUUCCCGACGGCAACUGCCUCUACCGAGCGGUCAGCAAGACGGUGUACGGAGACCAGAGCCUGCACCGGGAGCUGAGGGAACAGACCGUGCAUUACAUCGCCGAUCAUCUCGACCACUUUAGCCCCCUGAUUGAGGGCGACGUGGGGGAGUUCAUCAUCGCUGCUGCUCAAGACGGGGCGUGGGCCGGCUACCCGGAAUUGCUGGCCAUGGGGCAGAUGUUGAAUGUGAAUAUACAUUUAACUACUGGAGGGAGGUUGGAGAGCCCCACGGUGUCUACCAUGAUUCACUAUUUGGGCCCAGAGGAUUCCCUAAGGCCUAGCAUUUGGCUCAGUUGGCUCAGUAAUGGACAUUACGAUGCGGUGUUUGAUCACUCCUAUCCCAACCCAGAGUAUGACAAUUGGUGCAAACAGACUCAAGUGCAAAGAAAACGCGAUGAAGAACUUGCCAAAUCCAUGGCCAUAUCCCUAUCCAAGAUGUAUAUUGAACAAAAUGCAUGCUCUUGAAGUGUCUGAAAACCUACACCCUGGGAGAAUUGCAUACAUAAUUUGUGUUGGGAGAAUUAUGAACUCUAAUCAGGGUAAUAGCACUUUUAAACUUCCUAGUAGAUUUACCGUAGGUGUAAUGCCUUAAUCAUUUUUUUGAAUGUUUUCUCCUCAGAGCUGAAGGUUGCUGGGCACCUAAAUGAUGUUUCAUGAUGGCUUUGGGUGAUCCUACUGCUAUUUAUAAUUUGCUGUAUAAAGUUAGCCACGACUUAAUUUGCAAGCUAGUUUCUCAUGGUGUAAAUUUGUUCAUUCCUGGUAAUCUGUUUUCUAUAAAAAUGUAUUUUUGCACAUUUUUAAAAAUUGGUGUACCUUCAUCUAUGACGUGUUCCAUUUUGACAAACAGCUUUCCAGCAUAAAUCCAGAGAAGUGCUUUAUAUGAAAUUUAUUACUUUGAACAGAGUUUGUGAUUUAGUAGUUAUUUUAUGUUGUUCGAUUUGAAUUUUACGAUUCUUAGGUAAUUAUUUCAAAUGGAUAUUGAUGCAUUUGUGUUACCAGAUGAUUGGCCCAUUCCAUUUUAAUGAAAAAAAUUUGUUGUUUUGGAAAUAAUUAUUUUUCUAGAAAUGCUCAACCUUUUAAAGAGAAAUACUUAAGGGAAGGUUGUGGGAAGAAUUUUCUUUAAGGGAUAGUACCAGGUCUUACUUGAAUGAAAGUCUGAUAUUUGCUGAUGGCAGAGUGAUGACUAUUCUGUACUUUGGUUGGCAUUUAGAGUAGAUUGUCUGGUGCUCUGAUUGUUUUUAUUUAUAUUUGUCAUUUUGUUAUAAAAGCAUUUUAACCUUGUGACAAGAUAAGCCUCCUGCUUUAUAUAGCUUCUUGAAUUCAACUAAGAGAUUUAAGAAACUACUAGCAUAAAUGCCUCGAAUCAGCGUUGGCAGUUGUUUUAUAGCAGGAGAAUGUGGUCUGAAUAUUUUAUUCCUUUUAAAUUCUUUGAAAAGGCAAGAUAGGAUUGCCCUGUAUUAUGUACAAAUAAAAAUGUCUGUAAGAACAGAUCUUGUAUGGUUUGCUGGGUCAAACAAUGUUCUCAACCUAAAAUCUAUCUCAUUUCCACUUUUAGUCAUAUUUAUUAAGUACUGCAGUUUGUACUUUUUUUUAUUUUGUAACAUUUUGUGAUUUUUUGGUACAAUACUGUAUUUGUACAAUAGAGCGAUUCUAAGCUGAUGGAAUGAAUGAAUAAAAUGCGUAAUUUUACUUUUA